AACUGGCUUAAAAAUAACACCGAUUAGAAUUCAGCAGCGGUCAUGUUUCUUGUUCCUGUGAUUACAGACAGGAAACGCAGAGUAGAUUGGGUGCAUUCUACACUUUUAGAAAGAUCUAAUGCUAGCUUUUGUUCAGUGCGUCCAUUGAACAGCAGAGGAAUACGCCCAGGCCUUUGUUUUCCGUUCUUUCUCUGAAUCACCUGUCAGUAUUGUUCUUAACUCAUCCUUACCAUUCUAGCCGUAUGUAUAAGAGAGAAGCACGAGAUAAUUAAACACCUAGAAGAAACUAUGCAACUUGUAUGUUCCACUGAGAAUCUGAUCAAGAUGGAAUUAUUAUUAUUAUUAUUUUUUUUUGGCAUUUGUAAUCCUAGCCCUAUGGCAGGUCAUGGUAUUUGUUGGGCAGAGUUUCAGGGAUUAGCAGAUGUGAACAGGUAAGUAAGAUCUUAAAUUUCACUCGUCCAAAGAGCUUAACUACAGAAAAACACGCAUGAUCAUGGCUCGAGUUGGAAAGUGUGAAUACAGCUAGAACUUUCCGAAAGAAGUUUUAUAGGACGCAAGAUUCAUAGAAUAAAUGCGGCACUAUCAUGGCCCUGGCUGAAUCGUUACAGGAUAAACUACAGUCAUGGAAAGAAGCGAUUUCUUCCUGCACCGUGGCUGAACCAGAUGAGAAAAGCAGAAAGGACGAGUCUUAUAAUCGUGCAGGAAUCCCUCUAGCUACAAAGCUGUGCUAUGCUGUUGGAGGAGUUCCAUAUCAGGCAACUAAUAUUGCUCUGGGCAUCUCCUUCCAGAUAUUUUUGCUGGAUGUAGUGCAAAUGGAGGCAUUCUUCGUCUCCCUGAUCUUGUUCAUCACUCGGGUGUGGGAUGCAGUAACUGACCCUCUCGUUGGGUACCUGGUGAGCAGGAGUGGGCGGACUCCAAUAGGCAAACUCCUUCCUUGGUCAGUUUUAUCCAUGCCACUGGGCAUUUUGUCUUACGUCUUCCUCUGGUUCAUCCCACACGCUGCAGACAGCUCCUCAGUUGCUGUGCCCUGGUACUUCUUCAUCAGCUGCCUCUUCCAGACUCUAAUGAGCUGCUAUCAUGUCCCGUAUAUGUCACUUAAUAUGUUUCUGGGAGGACGUGAGAGAGACAGAGAUUCAGCCACGGCAUACAGAAUGAGUGCGGAGGUGUUGUCAAUGCUGCUGGCUGCUGUGAUGCAGGGGCAGGUGUUGAGAGUGUACAACACAGAAAGAGAAAACUCUUGCAUGGAUACGGAUGAUGACGACAAGCUCACAUACAGCACCCCGUCUCCCUCCAUUACUUCUCUACAGAACACUCGAGCAGCAUUCAUGACUUCAGCUCUGAUCCUGGGUGCCCUUUUCUUCCUCUGCUGUAUGGUGCUUUUUCUGGGAGUAAGAGAACAAAGUGGGACUGCAGGAGUUCAGAUGGAGAGGCACUCGUCAUACCUUGCUGAUCUGAAGAAACUGAUUGGUCACGUCUCGUAUCAGCGCCUGGUGCUUGGCUUCCUGUUCACCUCUCUUGCUUUCCAGAUGGCUUUAGGAAACUUUGCUUUGUUCUGCAUCCAUGUGGCAGGAUUGGGAGCUCGGUUCCAAUAUCUCAUGUUGGCUAUACUGGUUUCAGCUGCAUUUUCAGUACCCUUGUGGCAGAUGAUACUAUUGAGGUUGGGAAAGAAGCGUACGCUCUUUAUCGGCCUGCCUAUUUUCAUUCCUGUUAUGAUAGUCUUGGUGUCUGUCUCUGAGAACUUCCCCGUCUACCUGCUCAUGUGCGUUCUGGUUGGCACCAGCGUAGCUACACUCUUCUUGUUACCAUGGUCCAUGCUGCCAGACGUGGUGGAUGAGUUCAUGGUUGCGAACCCUUGCUGCAGGGCGAUGGAGCCACUGUUUUUCUCCUGCUACUGCUUCUGCAAUAAGCUUGGAGGAGGUCUCUCUGCUGGCAUAUCCACCAUGACGCUACACCUGACAGGUUAUAAAACAGGAGCAUGCAGCCACAGCAGAGGAGUUGUCUUGGCAUUACGCCUGCUUUUGGCACCGAUUCCAAUCGUCCUACUGCUGGUGGGUCUGAUUUUCUUCCAGCUCUACCCCAUCAAUGAAAUGCAGCGGCAGCAGAUCCAACAAGAACAGGAACAAACGAGAGUCAAUUCCCAGAUGCUUCCAAAUAAAAAAGACGUCCGACUACAGCAACGCAUAUCUAGGAGGAGCAGCUUUCAAUCAAAGACUAGCACAGUAUCUUCUUCCUCAUCCAAAGUGAGAGAUUCUUCUUCCCAGCUGAAAGCUUUUCCUUCAACAUCUGUGCAGAUGCACUGUAUUGCAAGCACAAGCCCUCCCACUCAUAAUGCUAGAUUACACUGUACUUCUGAGCUGCCAUUUUAUAAACCAAAAUGGAGGUCAAAAAGCAACUUGCCUGUAUCUCAGAUUAACACGCACCAAUCUUCACUGACAAAUGAUGAGACGUGUUCUAAGAGAGAAGUCAUUACAUGGGUGUAAAGAUGAGUGAUUUGUUGACAGGAAGGUGAUCUUUUUGUGAACUUACAGUGACUAAUCAUUUUCAAACUUAGAUUGGGCUUUUAGUCAGUGCUCUAGAUAUCAGAGUUUAAUUCAGUCACAAUUAUAUUCAGCAUCCAUUUAUUAUAUGUAUAUGCAUGCAACAAUUUCUGUAAAUAGUAUUGCAAAAUUUUAAGAAUUGUAUGUACACCCACUGGCCACUAUAUUAGGAACACUUACAUACCUGCUCAUUCAUGUAAUUAUCCAAGCAACCAACUCUGUGGCAGACCAGCUGAUGUUUUUCCAAUCUUUAACAGUCAGUGUCAGUGAGCCAGUGCCCACUAGCCUCAGAUUCCUGUUCUUGGCAUGGCAACACAUAACGCUCUAUCCAGCUGUGGCUUCUUUAGGAACUAUUUUCACUGACAGAACAAAAAUAAACAAAAUACAUUUGGCCAGAUUGUUUCUGAAAUAUCGGUUACUCUAAUUUCUUGUUUAAAGAACUGUUGUAAAAAAAGCGAUAUCACACUUGCAGUUUUGCUGUUGUAUUGAAUAUCGGCAUGGCCAUGAUUACCUACAGCUGUGCCGAUAUUCAGGACAACAGCACUCUUAGUUGUGCAGUUUUGCUUAAGUCAGGGGUUCUCAACCUUUUUCUACUUUAAGGCCCACUUAUUCAUACUUGUAACGAGUCAGGGACCAUUAAAAAAGAUCCCUAAUUAUUUUGGCUCAUCUCAAGGACGCGUUAUCCUAAUGGGCUUCAUGGGCAGCUGCCCAGGGCCUCGGCCACUAGGGGGCCUAGGAGGCAGCGAGAUCGGAAAAUCUCACUCAUCUCAUCUCUAGCCGCUUUAUCCUGUUCUACAGGGUCGCAGGCAAGCUGGAGCCUAUCCCAGCUGACUACAGGCGAAAGGCGGGGUACACCCUGGACAAGUCGCCAGGUCAUCACAGGGCUGACACAUAGACACAGACAACCAUUCACACCUACGGUCAAUUUAGAGUCACCAGUUAACCUAACCUGCAUGUCUUUGGACUGUGGGGGAAACCGGAGCACCCGGAGGAAACCCACGCGGACACGGGGAGAACAUGCAAACUCCACACAGAAAGGCCCUCGCCGGCCACGGGGCUCGAACCCGGUCCUUCUUGCUCUUGCUGUGAGGCGACAGCGCUAACCACUACACCACCAUGCCGCCCCAGAUCGGAAAAUAUGAAACGAUAUUUUCAGAUGUUUUGAUCAUAUUGAUAACAUUUUUGAUGCAUUUCGCCACCCAUAAGGAAGCCCACCUUGUCCUGUCGCAUAAAUCACCUGUCACUGUCAAUAUGAUCACUGUCCACCAUGUCUUCACACGCUACGCCAGCUUGAGUUCAAUGAUUUAAUUAAUGACUUCGCUUUCCAGAAAAGUAGGAAAGUGCCCUUGUAAGUUGACCCAUGGCUGUCAAACUGAAUGCGCAAAGCUGUGUGCCACUGCUGUUUGGGACAUUACGUGUGUGAAAGGAUGAAAUGUUUCACAUAGCCUAACAUUUUGAGAUUUAUUUCUGAGAAGCAAGAUAUUUUUCUUUCUUUGUUAUCGCUCUUUGUUUUCACAAGUUAAAAGUCGCCUGGAUUCCAAAAUGAAAACGAACGGUUAUAUACCAAAUGAAUGUUCUUGUUCUGAAUACUAAAGAAACUGUUGUAGGCCGAGGUUAUAUUCUUGACAUGUUGUUCAUUGACUCACUCAUUCAAAGGCUUCUUGAGGCUAAGCUUUAGUUAGCCAGACUUGUUAACCGUGAUGUCUGAUGGAUUUUUUCACCAUGCAAUUGCCUAUUUCACCAUUGCUUUUUCUCGAUUAAAUAGGUGUUGAUGGAUAUAAAGUCUUAUCGUUCAAUUUCGACAGUGGCACAAUUUCUGAUUGUGCCACUGUCAUUAUUUAAGUUUCUUUAGACAGACACGUCUGAGGGGGUGAAUUUGCUGAGCGCAGUUGACAACAGGCAGGGGUGGGGCCUCGGGGGGGGGUCUGCCCAGGGCCUCGACAAGGGUUAACGCAGCCCUGGCUCAUCUAUUCUAUUCGAAUCUAAUAAUCUAUUGUAAAGUGUAUUAAUGAGAUGCAACAUUACGUCCUGUUACAGAUGGGAGCCCAGGAAUUAAAUAAAUGCAAUAAAAACUU